CAACUUCAAAGCAAAAUGAAGUUCUUCCUGCUUCUUUCCCUCAUUGGGUUCUCCUGGGCUCAAUAUGACCCACAAACUCAGUAUGGGCGUACUGCUAUUGUCUGUCUGUUUGAAUGGCGCUGGGUUGAUAUUACCAAGGAAUGUGAACGAUACUUAGCUCCUAAGGGAUUCGGAGGGGUUCAGGUAAGAUUCUCUCCACCCAAUGAAAAUAUUGUGGUUUACAAUGCAUCAAGGCCUUGGGGGGAAAGAUAUCAACCAAUUAGCUACAAAAUAUGCACAAAGUCUGGAAAUGAAGAUGAAUUCAGAGACAUGGUGACAAGGUGCAACAAUGUCAAGGUCCGUAUUUAUGUGGAUGCCGUUAUUAAUCACAUGGGUGGAGCAGGUGGUGGUGCAGGAACAAGCAGUACCUGCGGAAGUUAUUGCAAUGCUAAUAACAGGGACUUUCCAUCAGUUCCAAACUCUGGUUGGGUUUUUAAUGAUGGUAAAUGUGAUGGAGAAAUUUAUAACUACAAUGAUGCUAAUCAGGUCAGAAAUUGUCAUCUAACUGGACUUCUGGGUAACUAUAUGAACAAUCUCAUUGACAUGGGUGUAGCAGGGUUCAGAAUUGAUGCUGCUAUGCACAUGUGGCCUGGAGACAUAAAGGCAGUUUUGGACAAACUGCAUAACCUAAAUACAAGAUGGUUCUCUCAAGGAAGCAGACCUUUCAUUUUUCAAGAGGUCAUUGAUCUGGGUGGUGAGGAAAUUACAAGUAGUGAGUACUUUGGAAAUGGUCAUGUGACAGAAUUCAAGUAUGGAGCAAAACUCGGCACAGUUAUCCGCAAGUGGAAUGGAGAGAAGAUGGCUUAUUUAAAUAAAUCUAAGGUGUUAUGGGGUUUUGUGCUUUCUGACAGAGCUCUUGAGUUUGUGGACAACCAUGACAGUCAGCGAGGACAUGGGGCUGGGGGAGUAUACCUCACAUUCUGGGAUGCUAGACUGUGUAAAAUGGCUGUUGGAUUUAUAUUGGCUCAUCCUUAUGGAUUCACACGGGUAAUGUCAAGUUACCAUUGGACAAGAAACUUCCAGAAUGGAAAUGAUGUGAAUGACUGGAUUGGACCACCUAAUAACAAUGGAGUAACAAAAGAAGUGACCGUUAAUCCAGACACUACUUGUGUCAAUGUCUGGGUCUGUGAACAUCAGUGGCGUCAAAUAAGGAACAUGGUUGCCUUCAGAAACGUAGUCAGUGGUCAGCCUUUCUCAAACUGGUGGGAUAAUGGCAGCAACCAAGUAGCUUUUGGCAGAGGAAACAGAGGAUUCAUUGUCUUUAACAAUGAUGACUGGGCUUUGUCAGCAACUUUACAGACUGGUCUUCCUGCUGGCACAUACUCUGAUGUCAUUUCUGGAGACAAGAUUGAUGGCUAUUGCACUGGAAUAAAAGUCAAUGUUGGCAGUGAUGGCAAAGCUUACUUUUCUAUUAGUAACUCUGCUGAAGACCCAUUUAUUGCAAUCCAUGCUGAAUCAAAGUUGUAGGACUCAAAUUAAAUA